AUGUUGUUUGCAAUAGACAAGGAUUUCAUACAGUAUGAUAUAUUAUGGACUAGUAUUGUUGAAAAAUAUGGUGUAGAAGAUCAUAAAUGGUUUAAGGAUAGGUUUGCUAUUAAACAUAUGUGGAUCCCAGCCUUCUUUAGAGAUGUUCCUAUGGGUUCUUUAAUGAGAACAACAUCUUUUUCAGAAUCUGAAAAUAGGAUGUUUAGAGUGAUACAAGAAUUUAUUGCUGAGGCUGAUAAGAGUUGUCGGAUGAUUAGCAUGUCCACAUUGGAGAAUAUCGAGGUCUUCAAAGUUUCUGAUGCUAGAAAGAAUACCUUUACAGUUACACAUGAGAUAGAGACUGAGUCAUAUGAAUGUGAGUGUAAACUAUUUUUAAGGUGUGGUUAUCUAUGCAGCCACCUUUUCUUCAUCCUCAGAAACAAAGAUGUCAACAAUAUUCCAGAGAAAUAUGUUGGUAACCGUUGGCUUAAAAGUGAAUUACUAAAGGCAGUUCAUGGUCUCACGAGUGAUGAUAGUGCGUCUGACAGAGGUUCUAACAAAGAUGACAAACUACAGAUUGCUAACAGGUGUCAUGGUCGUUACUUUGGUCUAUAUCAGCGUGCUUUUAGGAAUAAAGAUCAUUUGAUUGCUUUGGAUAAUUUGCUUGCGGGUAUUGGUCCUCAAAUCUUUAAAGAUGACUGUGCUGGAUCGUCGUCUAUUGAUAAAAAUGAUUCAAUCAUGAACAUAUAUGGUAUUGCUGUACCUGAAGAAAUAACUGCACAUGCUCCAGAUGUGGUUAGUACAAAAGGUGGUGCAAGUGACAAGGAAAGCAGGAUUAAGUCAAGCAUAGAGAAAGCAAUUGAAAAAGCAAAUAAACCUCAUAGGCGUUGUGGAAAGUGUCAUAAAAUUACUGAUCAUAAUGCUAGAAGCUGUGGCAGAAAGGAGAUAUGA